UUAAGACUGCUUGGGCCUCUCGCUGGGGUAUAAAUUCAGGUUUUUGAAGACAGGUUUAUCACUUCGGUUUGUUCCAGCGCUUCAUUAAAUCCUAGCGAAAUGAAAUCCUCAAUUCCUCUAAUGUGCUUUGCACUCCUCCUCAUAAGUCCUUUGUGCUUUGGCUACACCGACGAAGAACGGGAAGCCGAUAGACUUAAAGUGGCAGAGAUCAUGACCACUUCCCUGGACGAUGAAACCAAAAUCAAUAGGACCCAGGAAUUGCUGGAUAUUUAUUACCGCUUGGCUCCCAGCUUGUCUCCUGAAGAAAGGGAGAAAAUCGACGUUUUUGUUAAUGCGAACACCGACGCUAUAUUAAUCGACGGAGUUCCGAGUCAAGGCGGACGGAAGUCCAAGAUCGCUUCAAAGAUCGUGAAUAAAGUCGCAAGGGAUGCGGCUACUGGAUUCUUUGAAGAAUUGGGCAGUACCCUUGCCAGAAAAUUCAAUGAAUGGUUUGGUUAAACCGUCUUUAUUAUUUCUUUAAAUUUUAUAGUUUUGGGAGCUUUCACAAUGUUGAUUGCAACAAAAAAUUGUGUAAAAGUGUUUGGUUCUUACUAAAUAAAACUAUUGAAAAUCAA